UCGAAAGCCUUCACUUCGAAAACACGUGUGAUAUUUUGUAAACAUUUAACACUUAAAAUAUAAAUAGUUACUUGUCUCGUACACCUGUGAAUUCAGUAAUUGCGCCAUGGGCAAGAAGAACAAUGGCGGCGCGUCCAACCUGGGCCGUCAGUUGAUCAAGGAUCGCUUCGGUCACACAGCCCGCCGCAAGGUGGACAACGACACAAUGCUACACACCACCGAGCUGCAGGAUGGCUACGACUGGGGGCGCCUCAACCUGUCCUCGGUUACCGAGGAGUCUUCGUUCCAGGCGUUCCUGCGCACUGCCGAGCUGGCUGGCACCGAGUUCCAGGCCGAGAAGCUCAAUAUCACGUUCGUGAACCCCAAGCAGCGCGUGGGACUGCUCAGCAAGACGCAGGAGCAGCGAAUGCACCAGAAGCACGACGAGCACCGCGAUCAGCUGAAGAUCCCGCGGCGUCCCAAGUGGAGCAAGGAUACAAGCGCCGAGGAGCUGGAACGGGCCGAAAACGAGGCCUUCCUUGACUGGCGUCGCGAUUUGGCGCUGCUGCAGGAGGACGAAGAGAUCCUGAUGACGCCCUACGAGAAGAAUCUCGAGUUCUGGCGCCAGUUGUGGCGCGUGGUGGAGCGCUCCGACGUGGUUGUCCAGAUCGUGGACGCCCGCAAUCCGCUGUUGUUUCGCAGCGUCGACCUGGAGCGCUACGUAAAGGAGGUGGACCCGACAAAGAUGAACAUGAUCCUUGUGAACAAGUCAGAUCUGCUCACUGCGGAGCAGCGUCGCCACUGGGCGGAAUACUUCGACAGCGAGGGCAUUCGCACGGCCUUCUACUCAGCCACCCUGGUGGAGGAGGAGCUGAAGCGGGAGGCGGAGGCCGCGCGCCAGGAAUCCUUUCCCGAGGUACAGCAGCUGCGCCAGGCAGCCGAGGAGAUCCACCAGUCGCUGGACAAGGUGGAAAACACACUGAGCGCCAUCGAGCAGAAGCUUAAGGUGGACCAAGAGAAGGAAACCGAACAGCUGCCGCAACUGCCUGGCGAUAAAAACAGUCCCCGUUUGCUCUCGCGCCUGGAGCUCAUUGAGUUUCUGCGCCACAUUUACACCGGUCCGCGGCACACGGAGCAGCACGUGACCAUCGGAAUGGUCGGCUACCCCAAUGUGGGCAAGAGCAGCACAAUUAACUCGCUGAUGACAGUAAAGAAGGUGUCCGUGUCGGCCACGCCCGGCAAAACUAAACGCUUUCAGACGCUUUUCUUAGACAAGGACAUUUUGCUCUGCGACUGCCCCGGUCUGGUGAUGCCCAGCUUCGUUCUGACCAAGGCGGACAUGUUGCUCAACGGCAUCCUACCCAUCGACCAAAUGCGCGACCACGUGCCCGCUGUCAACCUGCUGUGCGAGCGCAUUCCCCGCCACGUCCUUGAGGACAAAUACGGUAUUGUGAUAGCCAAGCCGCUGGAAGGCGAGGACAUGGAGCGGCCGCCACACUCUGAGGAGCUGCUGCUGGCCUAUGGAUACAAUCGUGGGUUUAUGACCUCCAACGGACAGCCGGAUCAGGCGCGCUCUGCCAGAUAUGUGCUUAAGGACUACGUCAAUGGCAGACUGCUUUACGCCAUGGGUCCGCCCUCGGUGACCCAGGCGGAAUACCACACUUUCCCCGAACGCCAACGCAAGGUCGUCGAGGAAUCGCAGCUUCCCAGCAAGCAGCAACGAGCUAUGCGGAUCGACAAAAGCACGUCCAAGGAGCUAGACAAUCAGUUCUUCUCCGCCAAGCCCACCCAUGUCCACGUCAAGGGACGCGCCAACUUCCCGAAUGUGCGCCUAGCCAACGACGGCUCCCUGGUGGCCGGCACAGAUCCGGCAGCCAAGCCCUGGCGACACGUGAAGAAGGAGAGGCGCGAGAAGCUGCGCAAGAAGUUCUCACAUCUGGACGAGCACUGAGUGUAGUCCAUUGGUUAUUUAUUCCGGAGGGCGUGUCUGAGAGGCACUUGUAUAUUAUUAACAUAGUUCUUACGUAGCUAAUAAAGUUCCCUGAACCUGA